CCAUCAACACCAAGGUUACUAGUUAGUGCCAAGUCUGCAAGGCAUUGCUUGUUUGAUGAGUGACGUAGUACAAUCCAACAAAUCUUGUGCCGUAUUUGCCGAUUGAUUGGAACAGCUGAAUAAUAUCAACCAUAUUGACGAAGCCGCCCCCUACAAAGGGCUGCGAGUAUCGAUUUUGAAGGAUGAUUGAUAUAACUUCACCUUUUUUCGGUUUCAAUCAUGUUGUGAACUCUACAUGAACUACUCAGAAGUCCGUCGAGCGAGGUUCACAGCAUCAGUAGCCGCGCCGUGGUUGGCAGGCUUAGCAGGCUACAAUGCUCAGCAUUUAUAAAUUAGCAAGCGUGUCCGCAGUUGCGUUGAUCCUCAUAGCCCUAUUCUUUUUCACUCACCCGGUCGACGUCGAGUACCAAUGGAAUCGUUUCGCCCCAGGCAAAGGCAAAACCGCCCACGAUGGAGCUGUGGCUGGCGGUAUGCCUCUACGAAUCAUGUUCAUAGGCGCCUCGGUCACACGUGGUGAGGUCUCGACAGGAGAUAGGGGAUACAGGAAACAGCUGCGCGACAAGCUCACGUCUUUGGGUAAUCCAGUGAACUGUGUCGGCUUCAACCGCUUUGGCGACUUUCCCGACAACGAUGUCGAGGGUUACGGCGCCGCACGAAUUAGACAACUUCGCGACCAUGCGGAGCAGGCUGUCCCGUACCUCCAGCCAAAUCUUAUUCUAGUCCAAGUCGGCACCAGCGACUGUUUUCAAAAAGACGAUCCUGUAAACAUCCUAACGCGGAUGCGCGAUCUUGUCGAGUACAUGCUAGAGGCCUCACCGAGGGCCACAGUCAUCAUGUCGACUCUUGUCACCACUCCGGACCCCGAAGUCGAGCCUUGUAUGAAGAGUGCGAACGCACAGAUCCGCCAAGUAGCAGCCGACUUGAUCCGAGAGAAGAAACCAGUCGCGAUAGCAGAAAUGCAUUACGAUCAAGGGCUUCCCAAUCGACCCAAGCCUGAAGAUAUCGGAGGCGAUCGUAUUCAUCCUACAGAUGAAGGUUAUUUCAUGAUGGGUGAUAUCUUCAUGGAGAAAAUCCGUGAGGUCGAAGAAAAGGGUUUCCUGAAGUAUCCGGCAAAGAACGGCAUCCCCGAGGAUGGCGACGCGAGCAGAGAGGUUGAAGACCAGCUGAAGGAGAAGGCAGAAAAAGAGCAUCCGUUGAAGCCAUAGAACCUGGGCAUAGAUCUGAAUAGACGGAGAUGCCGGUUAGUUUCUGAGAGUCACAGUCCAAUCUGUUUUUCGUAACACCAAAAAAAAGACAUCUAUAUCAGGUAGGUAAUACCGUACAAGGAUCCGCAGGAAACAAUUAACCGUUAAUUAACGGUUAAU